UUUCAAUAUGGUGGAAAAAGGAGGAAACUUUCAGUUUUACAUUAUUAUUUUCAUAGUUUUCAAUUUAAGUCUGCUUUCAAUUUGUAAUAAAGCAGACGAAAAAGAAACAAAAAAUGGUAAAGACGAGAAAUGGAAGAAGAAAAACAUUCGUGAUUACAGUGAAGCUGAUUUAGAACGACUUUUUGAUCAGUGGGAGGACAAUGAUGAGGAUGAGUUAGAAGAAGAUGAACUUCCUGAAUGGAAACGAGAACCACCCAAAAUAGAUAUGUCAAAGUUAGACCCCAGUAAACCAGAAGAAAUGAUUAAAAUGUCAAAGAAAGGGAAAACCUUAAUGAUGUUUGCUACAGUAUCAGAAAACCCAAGUGAAAAAGAAACUGAAAAAAUUACAUCACUUUGGCAUACAAGUCUGUUUAAUGCUCAUAUUGAUACACAGAGAUAUGUUGUGGGCAGUAACAGAGUUAUAUUUAUGUUGACUGAUGGAUCUAAAGCCUGGGAAGUUAAAGAUUUUUUAACCCAACAAGAAAGAUGUGAAGAGGUUACAAUAGAAGGCAAAAGUUAUCCAGGGAAAGGACAGAAAUCAGAAGAAUCAUCAGAUAAAAAGAAUAAUGUAGACAGUUCUAAAAAUAAAAUCAAAGAUAAAUCAAAAAGUGAAAGUGAAAGUAGUAAAAAAGAUAAAAAAGAUAAAGAUAUAGAUGAUAACAGAACAGGAAGGAAAAAGACAGAGUUAUGAGUUUGUUCGUUGAUUUAAAAUUGUCUUCCAAAGAGGAAAAAAGGAUAAUUUUCUUCUUUUUAUUUUUGAUAAAAUUAUUAAUUCAGCUAGUUUCUGAAAACCACAGCUGGAUGUUCUUUAACUCCUGCUUCAUUGUUAAUUUUUGAGCCACCACAUUAUACAAUACGGGUGUGUUUGUAUAUACACCUAUGGGUUGAUAUUUUGUGUAUAAAAUAUUAAACCAUAGGUACCUAUGGAUACCCAUAGGCUGUCUCAGGCGUAUAUCCCAACACACCCUAUAUAAGAAGAAGGAUGUUUUAUAAGACAUGUAUAGGCAAUAAUUCAUAUUACUUGUCAAUUCUGUAGCCAAUGACUUUCUUCAAUUUUUUCUAAAUGUAAAAUCACUAAUUUACACAAAAGGAGAUUUUUAUUGUGCUGAACAUUUAAACCAGAUUUGAUUAUCAAUCUGCCAAACAUUAUUUAAUUAUUAAAAUGCAGUAAUUUGGGAUUUUGUCAAGAAAAAAAAUGAAAUUUUUUUCAUGUCUAAAUAAAUGUCCAAUUACAUGAUAUCUCUAAAUGACCACUGUCAAAAUGAGCAGGUUUUUUUUGUGUCUUUUUUAAAGGGAAAUUAGAAACUCCUCUAUUCAGCAAAUUGAAUUUGAUCAUAUGAAAUCUGUUAUAUAAAUAGACAUUAUGAGUAUAUAUCCUCCUUUGAAAGAAAAAAGGCAGCAACAAUAAAAAAUAAUUCAAGUUAGCUGACAAUUGCUAAUUAAUUAUAUUUAUCUAGCCAAAGCAUUAGCAGGGGUGUUCCAGGUGUUGGAACCUCCCCUUUUUUAGCGGAUCAAUGCAUUUGAAUGGGGACAUAUAGUUAAAACCCCCCUUUGUCCUGGG